CAAGUGUCUGGUCCAUUCUAACACGAGGAGAGGGAGAGAGAGAAGGGGAGAAGGGUAAAGGACAAGGGACAACGCGGAAGAAGCUGGGAACACCGGGAAAAGUUUACCAUUUAAAGAGGAAUUUGGACGAUUGGGGAUCUGUGGACAGAGGAAUCCCGUAAGGGGAAAGUCAAGAUCGGCAGGAGCAUCAGACAUGAAUCCGAGGUAUUGGUCUGAAGUCGAUGCUGGAUGCCAUGGAAGUCCAAAGUCAUGCUAAGCACCUCCUCUUGCAGUUGAACACACAACGAACCAAAGGCUUCUUGUGUGAUGUUAUCAUUGUGGUGCAGAAUGCAUUGUUCCGUGCUCACAAGAACAUCCUGGCAGCCAGUAGCCUCUACCUUAAGUCUCUUGUUGUUCAUGACAACCUCAUCAAUCUGGACCAUGAGAUGGUCAGUCCAGGUGUGUUUCGAGUCAUUCUUGACUAUAUCUACACAGGACGCUUAAGUGAAGGUGACCCCACCUCUCCAACUGAGCCAAAUAUAGGAGCAGUGCUGGCGGCUGCAAGUUAUCUGCAGCUACUGGAUCUGGUGACUCUAUGCAAGAAGAAGCUGAAGAGAAAUGGGAAGUACCAUUUACGCCCCAACCCUGGGUUUUUACCUUACAAGAUAGACUACAGUGGCAUGGGGGGAGGAAGGAUUCGAAUAUCUACCCCUGUCAUCCACUCUUGCCAUCCUGGAGGAGUAGUUAGCACCCCUCGACCUACACCAUUAGAGGACCUGGCCCCUCAUGCCGGAGAAAUUUAUGCACCAGCUCCCACCCAGGGUCCACCACCUUACCCCCCAGCAAAGACAUCCUUGUUGCCCCAGUCAGGCCUGCGCCCUACUGACAGGAGCUGCUCAUCCGUCUAUGGCCUUGACCUGUCCAAGAAAAGUCCAAGUUCCCAGUCCCAGCUUCCUUCUGGUCACCCUCAUUUGAUCUCCUCACUCCACCCAGAAGAGGAGCCAGAGGGGGAGCUAGAUCAAAGCACUAGCCCCCUGCUCAGUCCAAACGAUGGCUCCAGAAAAAUGGAGACAGCCCAUCAUGUGGGGUCUCUCACCCCACACCCCUUCCAUCUACCCAACCAUCCUCUUGCACCCCAUCUUCCCCACCUGCACCGUCUUCAGGGCCAAGAACCUUACCCUUGCCCUCCCAGCCCAGAACCCAUGGAGGACUCCAGAGAACAAGGUCGAGAUGGGUCCAACAUCUAUCGGUGGGUGAAGAAUGAGCCUUCCAACCCAGAGGAUGAAGAUGAAGAAGACGAAGAGGAUGAGAAUGGAGGAAUCGGUGAGCAGGAUAAAGAGAGACACCAGCACAUGAAUCUACAUAAGAACAGUGAGGAAAAGCUGAACAUGAAUGAGCGGGGCUAUGACAGAGGGACCUGCGAUGAUGGAGAGGAUGAGAAUGGAACCGGCAGUGAAGAGACGGGGAGCAGUGAGGGUCGUCCAUCUCCCCCUGUUCCGGGUGGAAGAUAUCAUAUGCCAUACGAGCCAGAGAGUUUCGGAGAUAACUUGUACGUGUGCAUCCCCUGCGACAAAGGCUUCCCCAGCUCAGAGCAGCUCAAUGCUCAUGUGGAAACUCAUACCGAGGAGGAGCUAAACAACGGGAUUGAGCUGGACAACAAUGGCAACAGCAAACCCACCAAUGCCCAUGGACCUACAAGCUUGAACAGCUCUAGUGGCCUCCACAGUUCUUUCCUAGAUAGCAAAUCGACGCAAAACUUCCAUUCCAUUGGCCUCGGGGAGAUCAUAAGACCAUAUCGCUGUUCGUCCUGUGACAAGUCUUACAAAGAUCCUGCCACCCUGAGGCAACAUGAGAAAACCCACUGGCUGACACGUCCAUACCCCUGUAGCAUCUGUGGCAAGAAGUUCACCCAGCGGGGUACCAUGACACGCCACAUGCGGAGCCAUUUGGGCCUUAAACCCUUUGCCUGUGAUGCCUGCGGUAUGCGCUUUACUCGACAGUACCGUCUGACAGAACACAUGCGCAUCCACUCUGGAGAGAAGCCCUAUGAGUGCCAGGUGUGCGGGGGCAAAUUUGCUCAGCAACGCAACCUCAUCAGUCACAUGAAGAUGCACAGCAGUGGAACAGGUGGCGGAGGACUAACUCCUGACGGCAAGCUAAAGAUAGACUUCUCCGAGGGGAUUUAUCCCCUGAGCAAGUACGCAGCUGAGCAUCUGGGUCUGAAGCAGGAGAAAAUCUCAGACCUUCUUACAGCCUCUCAGCACCUGCUGGUUGACGCCAAAGCCAUGGAGAGCCUCUACCCACUGUCAAAGCUGGCUGUAGAACACCUCGGCCUCACCCACAUCAAGAUGGACGUCCUUAACCAGCCACUGCCACCCACUUCCCAGCAGCUCUCGGCAGAGUCCCACACCAUUGACCGCUACUCUCCCAGCUAGAGGGGGGAACCACUAACUAUACUUUCCAAAGAGAUAACACUGUAUACCAUUCACAGUAUUCUACUCUCACCUCAUCUUCAUUUGAACCAGCACCUCAAAGAGUGGAGGCCAGAAAGUGUUGGCCAUAAAAAUGCACACAAACUGUUUAAUUCUGAACGUGCCUUUCUUUGCAGAUUUUGCAGUAUGUGCAUUUCUUAAAAUUACUUUCCUACAAGGAGGAAACUGCUUUAUUUAUAAUCUGUUCUGACCGUUGGACACUCAGACAAUGCAGUAUUUAUAUAAAAACAACUUCUUUUUUGUUCAAUCACCGAGCCAAAGAACCAGUUGAAAACCAAAAAGAUAUUGUUUUUAUUUAUUUUUCUUUUCAUUUUCUUCUUUUUUUUUUUGUAUGUUGGAAAAGCCAAAGAGAAAAUCUCAAAUAUUACAGAAGAGACUUGCAAUCGUACCCUAAACCUGUGUAAUAAGUAUUAUUGGUGUAUAUAGAAUGAAAAAGCACAUAUGAACAAUAUUCAGGGCUUCUGUCCAGAAUGGAGAGGGAAAUCUGGACGAAAGAAAAAGCCAAAUCUUUGGGAUUUUAUUACAAUUGGAGGACUUUUUAUAGACUAUUUUUUGGAGUACUGGAUCACCUGUAUCUGAUUUUCCAGCUUUGUUAAUGGCCCAGUUUUUUCCAUACUAAAGGGAGCAACAAACUGAAGAUUGUGUUUGUUCCAGGACUUAGGUAAAGUGAUCUAAGCUUUUCUCUGCAUUGAUGUAGUUAUCCCCUUCAGCGUGGAAUAAGAGUUCAUCGAGAGUACCAUUUUAUUUUUUUUUUACCUUCAGGUGUAUGGUCUCGAGCUAUUUAGUGUCUUUGUUCCCUUUCCUGUCCUCCAAUGCCAAGUGCCUUUAGCUUAUUGAAAAAGUAGCAAGUACUGCCCUGUGAUCUCACAACUGGAAUAUCUUUGUGCAUAUUCCGAUCAUGAUAUAACAAUCCAUGUCCACGUGUUUCAGUCCAUCUGGUGCGACAGACUAAGCAUGGGUGAUGCCUUUGAAAAUGCAGUAAUAUUUACAGCAGAGUCAAUAUGCUUCAGCUGCAUUGCAGUCGACCCCUUUGAACGAUUCUCUGCAUGACUAGAUGUAUAACAGUUCCAGCGAAGGCACUUCAAGACCUUUCCUCAUGUGAAAUGUUUGAGAGGGCCUCCUCACCCCUAUUACAGUGCAGUUAAUUUCAGGCUAAUGUGACGGCUUUAACCCCACGGUGCCUCGCGCACACAUGUAAAGCCGCUAAUGUGACAACCAUCUGAACAUGAGGAGCAGGGCUCUCUCUCUCUGAUACUGUGAGCACAGAUAGCAGCAGCUGGUCUACUCAGGGUAAGCCCUGUGAAAUCUCCAAUUUUCAAAGAUUAUCCGCACUUGUCUGUCCAACUGAUGUUAGAUUUUAUGCCAGUUGACCAGGCCCUGUGAUCUGAACGUACACCCUAAUCCCCAAGCUACCCCUCUAAUGUACCAUAAACUGGACUUACAACAUAAAACACAGUAGCCUGUUAGGGUUGCUUCAUUUUAUUUAGUGCAAUUAAUCUGCUUAGCCUCUAAAUAAAUUGUUUUACAGUAAAUGUAAAUGCUCUGAUGAGAUACGGCACCCGCUGUUUUUAUUCCAAAGACCAUGCUGACAUAUUGUCUUUUCCUCUGCCAGACCUUAAGUGAAACAAUUUUCGUUAACCACUAGUUACAAUUACAACCUCAGUUGGUGAAUGUGAAAACUUAAACCACGAAUGCACUGUGAAAGAACUAGUGAAUCUUAAAGCUGAACAUGUAAUUUGGGACAGCUUUCCUGGGCUUUAAUGUCACAUGUCAACUAUUCAAAGUGUUUCUUUUCUGUUUUCUUUUGUAUUUUUUGGUCAAAUUGAACUCUCUUAAUCAAAGCAAAAAGACAUUGGUGCUUACCUCAGGACUGAGCCUAUCAUAAUGUGGGUUACACAAUGCUUUAGCAAUAGUUUAAUACAAAAACACACAAUUGCUCUCUGUGUAUUGUACAUUAAAAUUCAAGCACACUUUCUGAAGGGAUCUUAUCGUUUUUUAACCUGUGGUUAUUUCACAAUGCUAAAAAGGUAUUUUUUUCCCCCCUGAAACGAUUAUUCGAUUUUUUUGUGUGAUUAGCCUAUGCAACUGUCUGUUAUUUUUACAUUACAGAAAACAUUGUACUUACACAAUGAAAUGGGAAAUGACUAAUGAAAGGCAAAUUUGUAAAUUAAAAAUGAUUUCUUGAUGAAAAUCAGCAUGUUUUCUCUGUACACUUGAAGGUACUUGAAAUUAUACAGCAUAGUUUGAAACUCACACAUGCAUUAAAAGAAAUGCCAGACAGCAAGUCCGAUUACUGUUAACGUUAUGCUGUGUAAGAAAUGUUGUGUGUUUACCAAUAAUUCGCCGCAAUGAUAAACACUUGGCCGAAUUGGUAAGGAGGAAAGCAUAGUUUCUGAAGUUGAUUGACCCAUUUGUUCUGGGCGGGCCUGCAGAAACUUUAGCUGACCUUUUUGCCGAGAGGCAGGAUUAGACUCCCAGUGAGGUUUUGUAUACAUGUACUAUUAAACCACGCGCAUGAAACCAGCUUGUUUGG